GGUUGCUGCCCACUUACAGCCCGGCAGGCUCGGGAGCGCCAGGGGGUCCCCAGGCACGCUAGGGGCCGCUGCAUGAGGUCAAUCAAUGCAGCAGUGCACGCCCGGGUAGCCUCGAAUUUUCAACAGCCCGAUAGCUCUCGAUCCGCAGCACUUUCGCAUUGCGCACCCACCCCCAGCACGUGCGUGUCGACAACGACAAGCCAAGAUGUCCAAGGCACGAGGAGGCGCGGCUGUCGACCAGAUCGUUAAGCUCGUCGUCGGAGCAGGGCAGGCGAGCCCGAGUCCACCUGUCGGACCGGCGCUUGGUAGCAAAGGUAUCAAGUCGAUGGACUUCUGCAAGGAGUUCAACGCGAGGACGGGACACAUCAACCCAGGCACACCACUACCCGUGCGGGUCACCGUCAGGCCCGACCGGUCGUUCCACUUCGACGUGCGGACGCCCCAGACAUCAUGGCUGCUCCUCAACGCGGCAGACGCGCCGAUGGGCAGGAAGGGGAAGAGGAAGGGGGCAUCAAAGCCAGGCCACGAGGUUGCCGGCACCGUCAGCCUGAAGCACGUUUACGAGAUCGCCAAGAUCAAGCAGUCCGAGCUGCGCCUGUCCGGCCUGUCCCUCGAGGGGCUCUGCAAGUCUAUCAUCUACCAGGCCAGGUCGAUAGGGAUCAAUGUGGUGGCAUGAGAAGACGGUAGAUUAACUUCAAAAGAGCUGGCGUUCAGGAUUGGGUCAUACUCAAAGCGGGACAAGGCGACCGAGGUCCCUCAUCGGGUUGGAGACAUUGCGGCAUGCCAGAAUUGUAGCAUCUAUGGGACUACAUACAAAAUCUUCAGGGUACAAGAAAAGACGUAGAACAUCCAUCCAGGAUGCAUUGGACAGGAGAGUCAGCAAAAGUGCGGCCCACAUGGUGCCCAGAGGCACAAAGACCUCACAGUCAGGAACACAAGAUCAACGGCUUCGAUAUGCUUGGAUGCUGGUGUCGUUAGCUGGGCUCGCAAAGCCAAAUUACAAGCAUGCGUGAUCUGAUAGCAAUAGAUGACUACUUCAGACG